AUGGCCGCUACGGUGCAGACGCAGAGCUUUCCUUCGGAGGAGGUCCUGAGAAUCGCAAAGGAGAUCCUAGAAGGAAAUGGAAUGCUCGCUGGGGAGGCGGAGAUAGUUGCCGACUGCCUGGUAGCAGCUGAUCUCAGAGGAAUUGAUACCCAUGGAUGCAACAGACUUCCUUCAUACAUGGAACGCAUUCGUCAGGGAGUUCUUGACCCCAGGGCUAAACCCACUCUACAUGAGGCUACCCCGGUAGUGGCUCAAGUUGAUGGACACAAUGGAUUUGGCUUUCUCGCUGCAUCAUUGGGAAUUGACAAGGCUGUGGAAAUGGCCAAAAUUUAUGGCAUCGGAAUGGUUUCCAUAAAGCACUCCAAUCACUUUGGCAUGGCCGCCUGGAUUGUACAAAAAGCGGUCGAUGCAGACAUGAUGUCAUUGGUCUUCACCAAUUCAUCGCCGGCCUUAGCUGUCUGGGGAGGCCGCUCAAAGCUUGUAGGUGUUUCCCCAUUGGCGUGUGGUGCACCAGCUGGAAAGACGAAACCCUUCAUUCUAGAUAUGGCUCCCAGCAUCGCUGCUCGGGGGAAGAUCUACAAAGCGAAACGAAGAGGCGAAAAUAUUCCGUUGGACUGGGCAUUGGAUGCCGAGGGCAAUCCGACCGAUGAUCCGGAAAGAGCUUUGGAGGGCGUGAUGCUUCCAAUGGGCGGGCCUAAAGGUUCUGCUUUGGCGAUCAUGAUGGACGUCUUCUCAGGUGUCCUCUCCGGUUCUGCAUUUGCUGGACAUGUCACGAAUCCGUACGAUGCUUCGAAACCCGCGGACGUGGGCCAUUUCCUAAUCGCGAUCAAACCAGACCUGUUUUUCUCAAUCGAAGAGUUUAAGGACAGGAUGGACUAUCUCUACCAGCGAGUCGUCGACUCUGAAAGGAGACCAGGAGUCGGUCGUAUCUACUUUCCCGGGGAAAUCGAACAGAUUACCAAGGAAUCGCGUGAGGCCAAUGGUAUACCAUACUCUGAGUCGGAAAUCACGAGUCUGAACGAGGAGGCAAGAAAGGUCGGUGCCCAACCUUUGAGGAUGCCUUCAUGA